CGAGAACAAGAACUUUACCAAUCCCUAAAAAUAUUGAUGAGAUAUAUUUAUCUUGAACAAAUAAAAUUUAAGAAAAGACUAACAUAAAAAGGAAAGUCAAUAACAGAUACAGAUUCUAGAACAAACAGAAAACGGUCAUCUUUUUUCUCACUCAGCAACAACGACAGGGCUCUGAAACUUCGGCAACUUCUCUUUUUUUCCUUUGCAGUCCAAAAAAUGGCUCCUCCAACAGCUACUCUCUCUGCCCCAAGCUACCCCAAACUCGCCCCUGUCCCCCCUCGUUGGCCUAAAGUUUCUAUUUCAAAACGACACAACCCGAGAUAUAAGUCCUCGGUUGUUGCAUUAAGCUCAAGUUUGCAGGCGAAUCCUAUGUUGUCAAGCAACUGUGGUUCACAGGGUUUCUUGUCUUCUACAGGUACUCUAUUUUGUAUUGCCUUAGAAUAUAUGAGAUUUAUAGUCCAAAUUAUGUAUAUUUUGAUAGUUCAUAGUCCGUUCGCAGGCCCACGGUGUCAGGCACUUUCGGCCUUAUCAUCACCAUUUUUAGGCGAAGAUGACGAUGACUUGUGGCGUAAAACGAAUGUUUUACCUCGACGGUCGAGAUCUCCCUCUUUUCCAAGAGCAUGUAAGGAUGACAUAUCCAAAAUUCGCAACCCUGAAAAAACCGAGAAGCCUGAAUGGUGGCUGAGGACUUUAGCCUGCGGUCCAUAUCUACUAGCUUUGCAUAUUUCCGAUGCCGGAUAUUUUCUUCAUCCCUUCCUAGAACAUUACGAAAUGUUCGGAAACUUGAUUUAUUUCGUCCCGGGAGCCAUAAACAGAUUACCUCCAUGGUUCUCAAGGAUAUAUUGCUACUUUGGAUAUGCUGGAAUUGUGAAGAACAAAGCUUUGUCUCGCUACAUUAGGAUCCAUCUCAUGAUGGGCAUGUUACUGGAAACCGCUUUCAAGUUAAUAUGGUAUACGGGCAACUUUCUCCCGCUCACACUCUUUAACGGCAAUUUCGUGAUGCACUUUUGGGCCGGCAUUGGAAUCGGCUACAUCUUCGUGUUGUUGGAAUGUGUUAGGUGUGCUCUUGCUGGCAAGUAUGCUCACAUCCCUGUUAUAAGUAAUGCUGCAUAUAUACAUACUCGGUUCAAUGUAGGAGGUUUUCAGAGACCAUCCUAGGAGAUCUUUAAUGGAGUUGGUUUUCAAAGGACAAAAGCAAUUGCUUAGGGCCUAUUUGAGGAGUUGUAGAGUUCUUAAGAAGAUUAAAAUAUAGGGGAUUUGAUUCUAUACUAUUAUUUCUAUUUUUUUGUUAAAAUGUUGCAUCAAAAUAAAUUUUCGGAGAGGAACUAAAAAAUAGGAGUAUAAUGCAUUUUUGUAAACUUAAACUUACGUUUUUUUGUAUUAGUAAUAUUGUCUAUGCUAAUUGAGUUAAGACUCAAUCAGCAAAGAAAAA